GCAGCUAGCUACGUGGUGUGUUUUCAUCACUUGCAUUGAUAUGCACAGACCAUUGUGAGUGUGGACUCAUCUCUAGACUUGUCUUUUGCAAUUUAGUCAAAGAUUAUUGACUGUCUGUUAAAGUGUAGUAGACUUAAUUAGCUCACCAGGGCUAACAGAUCCUAAACCUAAACAGCAGCGUCACAUCAUUGGAGGCCUCGAGCUCCGUCUGACAGAUGUCUAACGUUAGAUGUUUACCAGAGUGCCUUAUUAUGGCCACUGGAAGUCAUGUUGGAAGUAAUGCAGAAGUCCACAGGCUCAAGCAGGCCCAGCCCCACCAUCUUCCCAAACAAAUGGUUUGUUCUGGAGAUGAGAAGAACAUGAGGGAGGUGGAUUAUUCAUUUAAGGAAGAAACCGACCAAGAGAGAUUUCCAGUGGGCCAUUGUGUGCACAAAUACAGCAAAGCGAAGCGAGCGGUGGUUAGCAAGAAGAAAACGCGUCACUCUGGGGUGGGAUCAAGAGCAUGUCGGAGAUCGCCCAUCGCAAGCAGGACGUCUGACAUGGCAAACAAAGAAAAUGAACUGACCUGUGCUGAUGACGUGCAGGCUAUUCUUUACAGUGACAACUGUGGGUUCCCUGUGAAUUCUACAGACUCCUCAAAAAUGGCAGGAGCUGGCUCCAAAUACAGUGAUUAUUUCACUGAGUUAUCAAAGGACCACGAUGCAAUGACUCAUGUGCUCUUUGGAAGAAAUCUGAGACUGAAUGUUGCAUUGACUCUUUGGCGGAAAAACGCAAGUGAACUAGUAGCAUACUUGAACAGAAUACAAGACACAGGUGUGCUUGUUGACUGUCUGCCUAUACUCACUAAAAGUCUUCAGGAAGAACAGCCAUGUAUUUCAAUAGGCUGUUGUGUUGACCUUUUACCACAAGUGAAAAUGGUUCUUAACACUCAAUAUGAAGAACACCUCAUCGUAGCUUUACACUGGGUUCAAACUAUCAUUAAAAAAUGGUGGUUUGAGCUCUCCGCAAACAACAAAAGCAUGCACGAUGGCUUUUCAAAUGACAGCAGGAAUGUCCAGGUAAUGAAGACCACGCUUCUUGAACUGUGGGAGGGGAAGAGACACUUAAGCUCAGUUCCAGGAACUGUAGGAGAAACAGCUAAGAUUAUAGAAUCAUACGUUUCACAACUGCGCUGAUGUAUCGUUAUAGCACACUAUGGAGAUAACCACUACAAACCCUUGGUGCAUUUUAAGCUUUUGAUUGGCUUGGAGCUGGUGAAUCUGAAGCUCGGUAGGCUAUGGUGAAUUGGGGAUAGAUGAACUGAACAAUUCAGACACUCCGAAAUCAGCACUGGAGGAGGAACUCUUCCACCAGGCACUGAAUGACUGCUUCACAUUGAAGUGGACUUGCUUAGGGGCACAUAAUCAACUCCAUGAGACUGGAAUCAGGCAACUCACUGAAGUGCCAAGCAGAAGUUUUAACUGUUGCACUUGUAGUGCUGUGGUGUGAAAUCUGCUUAAGUGGAUGUGAUUGUGUAAGUGUAUCUUUAUCAGAUGUGUUUUUUUUUUUUUCAGUCAUGCAUUUGAAUUGCAGGAGUUUUAAGUUAUUAGUGUGUUGUUGUCCAUUGCCUGAUCAUGAAUGGAUAUUUGAGUGUAAUGUGUACAUAGUGAUUUUUCUUUUAAUCUGCUUUCAAAUAAACCUACAUAAACAA